AUGAUGGAAUUACUAAAUAAUGAUAUCCAAGACUACAAUCAUUUCAUUCUACAACCCACAUUCACUCAUUCUCAUUCUCCUUCUCCUUCUUACUCUCCUCUCCAACACCCAGGCAGGAACAUCUACGUUGGAAACCUCCCAUCAGACGCUACUAUUGAUCAACUCCUAAAUCUCGUCAAAUUUGGUCCCCUAGAAUCUAUAAAGCUUUUCCCUGAGAAAUCCUACGCUUUUCUAGCCUUUUUGGAUCCAACUAUAGCUAUUCAAUUCUAUCAUGACGCUACUACGCGUAAAAUUACUCUACAUGGGCAAGAAUUGAAGUUUGGCUGGGGUAAAAAUUCUCAGAUUCAAACAAAUGUCUUACUCGCUGUACAACAAUCAAACGCUUCCAGAAACGUUUAUAUUGGUGGUAUUGACGACUCAACUACACACGACAGCUUGUCAAAAGAUAUGAGUAAAUUUGGUCCAAUUGAUCAAAUUAAGAUUGUUCAUGAUAAGAAGAUUGCCUUCAUUCACUAUCUCUCCAUUUCCACAGCUAUAAAGGUUGUUAACGACCUCCCACACCAUCCAAACUACUCGAACAAGCGCAUCAACUACGGUAAAGACAGAUGCGCUUACAUUCCUCGCAAUCAACAACAACCCUCUACUCAAGCUCUUAGAACUGCUGCUGCUAUUGCUGCUAGCUCCGGAUACCCUUACUCGAUGGCUGGUUUUAGCCCUUCUGCUGCAGCCGCUUUCCUCAAUUCUAACACUUAUGAAAACUACCUCAACCCCCAACUAACCUCAAACAAUCUCGCUGGUCUGACUAACAUGAACAGUCUCUCAGGUCUAUCUAAUCUCCCUGCCAUCCCUACUGUCCCUCUUGAUAACAUCGGUAAUAGGACUGUUUACCUUGGUAAUUUAUCUGAAGAGACUACUGCUGAAGAAUUAUGCAACGCUAUUAGAGGUGGUAUUAUUCAAUCCAUUAGGUAUUUGUCAGACAAGCAUAUCGCAUUUGUUACCUUCAUCGAUCCAACAAACGCUUUGACUUUCUAUCAAGUUGCGUCUUAUCAAGGUAUCACUAUCCACAACCGUAGACUGAAAAUAGGUUGGGGUAAACACUCAGGCCCACUCCCUCCAACGCUUGCUUUAUCUGUUCAAAAUGGAGCAACUAGAAAUGUCUAUGUCGGUGCACUCACUGAUAUGGAUACCUUCAAUGAAACAAAAAUACGUUCGGAUUUCGAGGUAUUUGGUCAAGUUGAACAAGUCAAUUCGCUGCGGGAAAAGGGAUGCACCUUUGUCAAUUUUACCAACAUUGCACACGCUAUCAAAGCAAUAGAGGCAAUAAAGAAUGACGACGAGUAUAUUAAAGCAGGCAUAAAAAUAAGUUACGGUAAAGAUAGAUGUGGGAAUCCACCUAGAUCACUCUCAGCGAGUAUGAAUGGUAGGUCAUCGCAAAGACCCUCACCAAGUCCAAAUUCAACACCCACUUUCGAUACCAGUCCGGUAUUCCAAGAUGUGACGAACCGCAUCUAA